GUAGAAAGCAGCAUAUUCGUAUUCGGCAUGAUUUUGUAAUUAUUAAAGAGAGGUUAGGUUAAGGUUAGGUUAAAUGCCGAUAUGGAAAUAUUGAGGGAGGGCGCGAAGCGCCCGACCGAAUAAGUGCAGAGUGAGCGAAGCGAGCUCUUGCUCCGAGUGCGGCCCUUGAGGGGCCGCGAGGGCGCGAAGCGCCCGAUUCACGAGGAGUACUCGCGUAGCAAAAGUAGGAGAUACGGACACGCGCGAGGCGAAGCCGAGCGCGCACCCCGCGCGUUUCUUUAAAAAAAAUUAAAAUCGGAAAAAGGGCACUUUUGAGUGAUUUUACGACGUUUCUACAAAAGUUUAAGUUACGGUCACGACUUCUUGCUUAAAAACACCAAUGCACGCAACAUUGUAACCUUACAAAAAAGGUGCCCCUUUGCUUUCCAUAGACGCUUGUAAAAAGUUUGAUAACAGUUUGAUUCAUUCCUAAUUUUUGAAAGUUUGAAAGUUUAUUCCACUACUGCGUUAUUUUUCUACGUUGAUUUUCUUUUAAAAUUCGAUUCGACAUGGAAAAUUGAACCGUUUUCAUUAUCACUAUAACAUCGCUCUGUGCAAUGACUCGAAUAUCUGUUUAGUAUAAUACUAAUACUCGCUCUUACCUCAAUCAUCUUACGUUACCAUGUCUAUUUUCAAAUCAAUAUCAUCGAUACAAGCGAUGAAACUGCGAUCCCAGACCAGCGAUCCGAUAUCGAUACGAUUCUUUAAUCUAUCCUUGGUCAACGCAGAUUUACUAUGGAUCGAUUACGAAGGAAAUUUCAAACAAUAUCUGAGCUUAAAACCGAAACAAUUCGUCGACGUGAACACGUAUUCUGGUCAUUAUUGGAUAAUCAGAGAAAAAAAUACGGAUAAGACGUUAUUGCUGAAUAACAAAGAGUACUUUUGUGCUGACGAGCAAAAGCUCAAAGAUUACCGUAUGGGUAUGCGUAGAAAUUCUUCGAAUCCGUCCAGAUAUUGUGUCGCUAUUAGUAAACCUAUUCCUGCGUUGAAAACCAUCGUCAUCAGUUACCUGUCUAAUUAUAUUCGAAAUUGCGAAAAUGUCAAACAUUUGGAAAUACCUAAGACAUUGAAGAAAGAAAUCAUUGAUAAGAUUCAUCACGAUAAUCGUUCGAUUCAUGAGCAUCUUGAAGAUAAGGAUAUGUGUUUGAAGAACUUGAAUCCUGAAGUUCCAAGUAGCUGAGAUGCUGUUCAGAAUCUAUCUACUUGUGAUUAUUUUAUCUGGUACUAGUUACAGAAAAAUAUUGUAAUAUUGAUCUUUACCAUUGUAUUGUGAAACUUAUUGUAUUUUUAUCGUUGUGAUAUCUCAUGAUCUGGUGAAAUUAAAUUUUUAUUGGAUCCAAUUUGAUUUGACCAGAUCGGAGGCCAUAUUUUCCUCCUUGGUUAUUUUUUCACUGUUGUGAUCUCAUGAGUUUUAUUGUUGAUUCAGUUGAAAACGUUGUAUGUACAUAUUAUUGAACCAUUAUUCUUAAUAAUAAAAUUUGAGUAUAUUUUAGA